AUGGUUGUUUGGAUUCAUCGCACGUGAUUUGGUCAUAGGUCGAUGCGCGCUCCCGCAGAACAGUGGCCGCUGCGCGUUCUCUCUCAACAGCAUCAUUCUCGCGACGAGAAGAGCUACAGCUAGUGUCAUUCUUCACAUUUCCAAUGAAUUAUCAUCGCAUUCCUAUGUCUGCCAGCUGACAAUCUGUAAAGCAUAUUCUACGCUUGGAAACGGGAUUCGCGUGAUUUGUCAACUGGGUGUGUUUCAGUUUCUGUGAUUUGUUGGACUUGCUGUUGUGCCGUGAUACUGGACCAUGGCACAGACCAACAAUCUGCAGAACACCAAUGGGGAGGCAGAUGACUCACCCAACAUGCUAGUCUACAGGAAGAUGGAGGAUGUGAUCGCCCGCAUGCAGGAGGAGAAGAAUGGAAUACCGAUCCGCACAGUGAAGAGCUUUCUAUCCAAGAUUCCCAGUGUCUUUUCAGGUUCUGAUAUUGUCCAGUGGAUGCUGAAGAACCUGAGCAUCGAGGAUCAAGUUGAAGCUCUGCAUCUGGGCACUCUGAUGGCCGCUCAUGGAUACUUCUUCCCCAUCUCAGAUCACGUGCUCACGCUCAAAGACGACAACACUUUCUACAGAUUUCAGACACCGUAUUUCUGGCCUUCAAAUUGCUGGGAACCAGAGAACACUGACUAUGCUGUUUACCUGUGCAAGAGAACAAUGCAAAAUAAAGCCCGUCUGGAGCUGGCUGAUUAUGAGGCUGAAAGCUUAGCCAGGUUACAGCGAGCCUUUGCCAGGAAAUGGGAGUUUAUUUUUAUGCAAGCUGAAGCACAAGCAAAAGUGGAUAAGAAGAGAGACAAAAUUGAGAGGAAAAUUCUUGACAGUCAAGAACGAGCCUUCUGGGAUGUGCACAGACCAGUGCCUGGGUGUGUGAAUACGACAGAGGUGGACAUAAAGAAAUCCUCCAGAAUGAAGAAUCCCCACAAAACAAGAAAGUCUGUAUAUGGUCUUCAGAAUGACAUCCGCAGCCACAGCCCCACUCACACACCUGCCCCCGAGGCGAAGCAGCCUACCGUGGAGGAACUGCAGGAACAGAUCAAAUUUUGGCAAGCGCAAUUAGACCGGCAUCGAUUGAAGAUGUCCAAAGUGGCAGAGAGUUUACUGUGUUACACAGAGCAGUAUGUUGAGUACGACCCCUUCCUCGCCACGCCUGACCCUUCAAACCCGUGGAACACAGAUGAUGCUACAUUCUGGGAGCAGGAGGCCAGUAAGGAGCCCGGCCAGCAGCGAGUAAAGCGUUGGGGCUUUGGUAUCGAUGAGGUCCUGAAGGACCCUGCUGGACGAGAGCAGUUCCUGAAGUUCCUGGAAUCGGAGUUCAGCUCAGAAAACCUGAGGUUCUGGUUGGCGGUGCAGGAGCUCAAGAGGAGACCCAUUCGGGAGGUGCCUACGAGGGUGCAGGAGAUCUGGCAGGAGUUUCUGGCCUCUGGGGCGCCCAGUGCCAUCAACGUGGAUUCCAAGAGCUACGCCAAGACCACCCAGAAUGUCAAAGACCCUGGCCGCUACGCCUUUGAGGACGCACAGGAGCACAUAUAUAAGCUGAUGAAAAGUGACUCCUACAGCCGCUUCAUCCGAUCCAGUGCCUACCAGGAGCUUCUGCAGGCCAAGAAAAAGUCUGCACUCAUACAGGGACGCAGAACCUCAUUUGAGAAAUUCUCACGAAGUGUGAAAAGUAAGAACUUGUUUUGAGGGAAAUAUGCUUCCAGGGGAAAACUCUCACCUCAAAAAGGUGAACUGCUCUCGUCUGGUCACGCUGAAACCCAGAGACUCUGAUGCCACUGGACAAGGACAGUUUUUUUCUCCAUCACAUCUGGUUGGUCCAUCCCCACAGACGAUGGACGUCCAGCCAGAUGUUGCAUGUCCAAGGGACUGAUUUUCUACAUCCCUUAUUCUGGUUUUGUUUCAGUAAUCAGAAGAACAUUUUUUUUUUGUGUUUGUUUGGACUUCCGGAGACAUUUUGAAACCUGGAUAUAAUGCCCUUUGGAGCAGUCUGAUGUUCAGUCCCUUCCAUGUAUAUCAGAUGGAUUUGACAUCAGCUUCGUCCAUUCUUAACUUUAAAAUAGAGAUGAAAAAAAAAAAGCCAAAAAAAAACAGUCGAGAAAAUCUGCAUAGAUAAACUCUGUGAGAAUCACAAAUAUUAAUGAACAAAAUAGUCACAUUAGAGGAGGUGUUUAAGAGGCACGCUAAAGCUGACACCCGUUUUCAUCCGCAUAACGUUUGUUGCACUACAAAAGAAAACACACACACACACACAACUUAGCACAGUUUCCCAUCGCACUUGUGAAGUCACAUUGAAAAUGUUAUGGAAAUGAUACCACCACCAACAACAGGCCGUGUCUUGUCUUAUGUAGUAGUUAAUUCUUUGUUACUCUCUUCAUUUAUUUUUAUACCAUAUUUAAAGACACUUUUAAUUAAAAUGUAUUAAAGUCAGCCCUUUAUCUGAAAACUAA